AUGUCUGACGGGAAGAAAGUAGCCCUGGUCUUUGGUGCCAGUGGGAUCUCCGGAUGGGCCGUGGCCAAAAAUCUACUAUCCUAUCCAACUGCUACCACCUUUGAUCGGGUUAUCGGUUUAACAUAUCGUCCACGGACAAUCGCCGAGAGCGGCCUACCUCAAGACCCUCGACUGGAGCUGUACUCUGGAGUGGAUCUCCGGACCGACCUCGACAAUGUGAAGAAGCAGAUGCAGGAACGCGUUCCAGGUCUAGAUCAAGUCACACAUAUGUACUACCUUGCAUACUCCAAUGCUACCGCGUACACCGAAAACGUGAUGGGCAUCAAGAAUAUCAAUAAAGACAUGACGUAUAAUGCCAUCCACGCAACCGAUUCGCUCUGCUCGCGCCUCCAAUUCUUAGUUCUUCAGACUGGAACCAAUAACUACGGCGUCGCAGUGUUCCAGUACAUGGACAAGAUUGAGAUCAACCCUCCUCUGAAAGAAGACAAUCCCCGAAUUCCAUCGCCAUAUGGAGACGAAAUCUUUUACUAUGAUCAAGUUGAUUUGAUCAGGGAGGCUACCAAGGGCAAAUCAUGGAAGUGGUGUGAGGUUCGUCCUGACCAGAUCAUAGGAUUCGUUCCGAAUGUGAGUGGCAUGACCUUCGUCGAGCCACUAGCUCUCUACCUUGCUCUCUACCGAUUCGUCAACGGUCCAGGCGCAAGCGUCAUCUUCCCCGGUACAAAAACCAACUUCACCUACACAUUCACAGACUCUUCCCAAGAUCUUAUUUCAAAAUCUGAGAUCUACCUAUCGGUAAUCCAGCCCGAGCAGGCGAACGGCGAAGCCUUCAAUAUUGCCGACACGGAUGUUCCGGGGUCCUGGUCUAUGAAAUGGCCGAUCAUAGCAGAUUACUUUGGCCUGAAGGGGAUCGGACCAGGCGAGAAGGGCUGGCAGGAUCUCGAAGAGUGGUGGAAUGAGCACCAAGAUGAUUACCGACGGAUGUGCGAGACGUAUAACCUCGAGCACCGUGAUGUUCCUUCUUCGUCGUGGAUUUUUGUUAAAGCUGGUUUCACACUUCUUGAACGCAACCGCGAGAUGUGUCUUGGCAAGAUUCGAGGCGUGGGCUUUGAAGAGGAGAUUCCCGUUGGGGAGGGUUAUAUCGUUGCCCUUGAGCGUAUCGCGGAAGCAAGGUUGAUUCCGUCUCGGCGUGCGCUAUCUGCGUCCUGUCGUAUUUAG